UUAUGAAGAAAAAGGAAAGCUGAAAAUCGUUUAGAAUUAAAGACAGUCUUUUGCAAAUCUUGAGAUAAAAAUAUUCAGUCAUUAAUGACUGGCAUGGUUUGUUUAAUACCACUGCUGUGUUGUUGUCGAUCUCGUGUUUGACAAAGAUACCGACAAUGGAAGCGAAUUAAAUUACAGCCUACAGUGGCUUCCACAUACGCAAUAGAUUGACUUCUUUCAGCAAUUACUACGAAACAUAUAUUCGAUCACGCGCUCGCUCUUCACCUCCACCGCAUUGUUAGUGAUUUACGUCCGGGUAAAUAUUAGUCGCGGUAGUAGUUGCCAUAAAUUUUCAAUAAUCACACAAGCCGUCUAUUUACAGCUCAAUGGGAAACGACACUAUCUCGUACGCGAUUUGUACGCGAUACGGAGAAAUAUUUUAUUUAUUUGUCGUUAUCGUCACAUAAAUGCAUAACGAUAAUAUCUUAUCGAGAGAUGUGCAGUAUAUGAUCUUGCGGGUAACAAUGUAGUAAAAGAUAAAACUGUGUAUACAAAAACAGGAAAACAACAUGCGCAUAAUUAAUAUGCCCUUUGUACUGCGUUAUUAGUAUUAUGUGUGUGAAGAUAAGCACGUAUAAGAAGCAUGGUCCUUCUUAUGAUUUCUUUUUGAUAUUGUAAAAAUUGCAGCAAAGUCUACAUUUCCUGUGUAUCGAGUGACGAGGUCAGGAACAAUGAGGGGAUUUGAAGGUUUUUACGGGACAGACACACCGCUUAAUCGUCGUUAUCAUGACUCCUGCAGGGGUGGAGGAUCGCGCAUACAUUUCUGCGAUGCACAUGACUCUACUUGAAGAACAGUCAUGCAGUGUUUGUCGUGACAGUAACCGCUUAACACAGAUUCGUAAAUACAAGAGGCGGAAGACGACAUUGACUUGUCGCUGAGAGAUGAGCUCGUAUUGUUAGAAUGAAAGUUCACUUGAUAAUUGAGGAAACAAGGUGAUAACUCGAGAGAUAAUACAUCACGUAAAGUGUCUUGUAAUAGGCUUAAAAGGAAAAAAGCCACUCACGUAUAAGAUUUGUUAAAAGUGAUGUAAUUAAUAAACUACUGUUGACUACAUAUCUGGUAAUUUUCAAAGAAUGACCGAAAUGGAUAAGAAGAAAGAGCUGUUUACUUGUCGAGAUGUUCUUUGGUAUAUGGUCUUUUGUGGCUUCGCCGUUAAUUAUGUGUUGAGAAUAAAUUUGAAUCUCACUAUAGUGGCGAUGGUGUUACCGUAUCCUAAAGCCGCCGCAAUCGCCCAAUGUAACAUAGAGAAUAGCACAGUAUCUUGGACGAACGAGACCGCUCAAGAUAGCAAUGUUUCUCUUUCUUUCCCGAUUACGACGUUGUCCCCUGAAAACAUUACGUAUGAAGAUCGAUUCACUUGGAACGAGUAUCAACAGGGAUUGGCAUUGGGUGCUUAUUACUGGUUGCACUGGUUGUCGCAAUUGCCUGGUGGUCUGUUGGCCAGGCGGUACGGUACGAAACUUGUAUUCGGUUUAGGAAACUUCCUAACUGCUCUCUUAGGAUUUUUUAUUCCCUACGUGACGCAUUUGUACAGUUUGAUCGCUCUCCGAGUGUUACAGGGAUUAAUAGCAGGUGUCAUGUGGCCUUCUAUGCACGACAUGACAGCCAAGUGGAUUCCACCGGAUGAAAGAAGCAGAUUCGUCAGUGCUUAUCUUGGGAGUUCUGUAGGAGUAGCGAUUACUUACCCCUUGUGUGCGGCUGUUAGCAGUACUCUCGGUUGGGGCGCAUCUUUUCAUGUGACAUCCUUGAUGGGAGUGAUUUGGUAUUGCUUCUGGCACUUCCUCGUGUACGAUUCACCGCAGCAACAUCCACGAAUCUCCGAUGACGAGAAGAAGUAUAUUAUAGACAACAUCGCUGGGUCCAUUGACGAUGAACCGACACAGAUACCCUGGAAAGAGAUAUUCCGAUCAGGACCAAUAUGGGUCACCAUCGCCGCUCAUUGGAGCGGUGCCUGGGGUUUCUUAACUCUCCUGGCGCAGGCACCGAGUUAUUUCAACUUUGUUCACGGAUGGAACAUCAACGCUGCUGGGUUCUUGGCAGGAGCGCCGCAUAUACUCCGGAUGAUCUUCUCGUAUUUUUACUCGAUGAUGAGUGACUGGCUGUUUCGCACGAACAGAAUGAGCCUAACGAACGUGAGGAAACUGGCGACUUUCGUAUGCACAGGCAUUCAAGGCAUUCUCAUUAUAGCUCUCGGAUUUAGCGGUUGUCAACCAUUGCUCGCGGUCAUUUUCAUGAUGAUGGGCAUCACGGUGAACGGCGCAGUUUCCGCCUCUACUUUAGCAAACUUCGUUGACCUCAGUCCGAAUUACGCCAGUGUCCUUUUCGGAUUCUGUGGUAUGGUCAUUAUAUGGGGCGGUUUUAUUUCACCGGUGAUCGUCGGCAUAUUAACGAAUAAUAACCAAACUGUAGAGCAGUGGCGUUUGGUCUUCCUGAUUGCUGCUGCGAACUCAUUGGCGGGCUGCAUCAUUUACAUGAUGUUCGGAACUUCAAAGGAGCAACCGUGGAAUCAGUAUGGUAAAUUGAAUCCGAAGGAACGGGAGAUGCAAAAAUUGGCCCCGGAGACCCUAAAAUGUGAGAACGACACUGAAAACACGAGUGACACUGAAAAAUCGAAAUUUAUUGAAGAGAGGUGAAGUAACUUACAGUGCGCCUUGUGAAGUAAUAGUUUCAUGCAAGUAUCGCAGCAACACAUGGCAGAUAAUAGUUUAACGUUAGAGAGGAUGACUUCUUCUGUGUAUGAAUAUAUGUAUAUUACAACAAACAGGAUAUCAACGAUUGAUCGUAUAUAUUUAAUAAUAAUAUAUGCACAAUAAUACACUCAUUCACAUAAUUUAUUUUUGAAACACUUCGUCACACGAAGAAACGAAGAAGUUAAAGAGUGUGAUACUGCGAUGUAAAUAAAUGCUGUAAUAUUUGUAGCACACGUCGAGACAUAUUAUAAUUUAAAUGUAUUUUUCGAUCGCUUAAUACACAUUUUACCAAACCGAAA